CCGCCGCCCCUGCGCCCCCCCACCGCCGCCGCAUUUCGCGGCCGGCCGCCGCGGAGCAGGGCGCGGGGGGGGAUGAUGGAUCCGCGGCUGCGGCUGCUGACGCCCCGCGCCCGCCAGCCCGCCGUCAAUGGAGGAGGACGUUGAGACCCGCAAGAUCAGCAGCAGUUUCCUGCGAGACCACAGCUAUGCCACGGAAGCUGACAUCAUCUCUACAGUAGAAUUCAACCACACUGGAGAAUUACUAGCAACAGGGGACAAGGGGGGCCGUGUUGUAAUAUUUCAACGUGAGCAGGAGAGCAAAAACCAGCCCCACCGCCGGGGAGAGUACAAUGUCUACAGCACCUUCCAGAGCCACGAGCCGGAGUUCGAUUACCUGAAGAGCUUGGAGAUAGAGGAGAAGAUCAAUAAGAUACGAUGGCUCCCGCAGCAAAACGCAGCCUAUUUCCUGCUCUCCACCAACGAUAAGACUGUGAAGCUAUGGAAGGUCAGUGAGCGGGACAAGAGACCGGAAGGAUACAAUCUGAAGGAUGAGGACGGCCGUCUCCGAGACCCCUCCAUGAUCACCAUGCUACGGGUACCUGUGCUCCGGCCCAUGGACCUGAUGGUGGAGGCCACCCCCCGGAGGGUGUUUGCCAACGCUCAUACCUACCACAUCAACUCCAUCUCCGUCAACAGCGACUACGAGACCUACAUGUCGGCAGACGACCUGAGGAUAAACCUGUGGAACUUUGAGAUCACAAAUCAAAGUUUUAACAUCGUGGACAUCAAGCCGGCCAACAUGGAGGAGCUGACGGAGGUGAUCACUGCCGCCGAGUUCCACCCGCACCACUGCAACACCUUCGUCUACAGCAGCAGCAAAGGCACCAUCCGGCUGUGCGACAUGCGCACCUCCGCCCUCUGCGACCGCCACGCCAAGUUUUUCGAAGAGCCUGAAGACCCAAGUAACCGGUCGUUUUUUUCUGAGAUCAUCUCCUCAAUCUCUGAUGUCAAAUUCAGCCACAGCGGGAGGUAUAUCAUGACCCGGGACUAUCUCACCGUCAAGGUGUGGGACCUCAACAUGGAGAACCGGCCCAUUGAGACCUACCAGGUUCACGACUACCUGCGGAGCAAGCUCUGCUCGCUCUACGAGAACGACUGCAUCUUCGACAAGUUCGAGUGCGUCUGGAACGGGUCCGACAGCGUCAUCAUGACCGGCUCCUACAACAACUUCUUCCGCAUGUUCGACCGCAACACCAAGCGCGACGUGACGCUGGAGGCCUCGCGGGAGAACAGCAAACCCCGCGCCAUCCUCAAGCCCCGCAAGGUCUGCGUGGGCGGCAAGCGGAGGAAAGACGAAAUUAGUGUGGACAGUCUGGACUUUAGCAAAAAGAUCCUGCAUACAGCUUGGCACCCCUCCGAGAAUAUCAUUGCCGUGGCAGCAACAAAUAACCUGUAUAUAUUCCAGGACAAGGUUAACUAGGAGGACAAGUUGUUCUUUAGGAAUCUCAUGUACUGAAUACUAGUAAACACAAGAUUUCAAAUGUUUCUUUUCUUUCUUUCUUUUUUUUCCUUUUCCUUCCUCUUCUUUUGUUCAGUUACUGCUCUGCAGGUAGCGGCUGUGUGUGCAGAGGCGAGCGCUCCUGCACCCCCGGAGCCGGGGCAGCGGGGGGCACCCCCCGCAGACACCAGAUUUCAAUUUAUUUGCGCGUUGAGAGCGAAGAUGUAACAUGGGGCGGCUGGGGCGGCGUUGGGCUUCUGCUGUCCGCGGGCGGCGCUGGGAUGGCUGUAGCUGUCUGCCGCUGGCCGUGGUGCGGCAGCGUGGGCUGUCAGCAGUCGGAAGGGGAGGGGGGCAGGCGGUGGGUGCUGGGUGCCCUGCGGGGGGGGGGGUGGUUAGUUACAGCAGCCCCGCUCUGGUGGUUUUAAACUUCGCCCUAGACAAAUUUCACCUGUUACGUUGCAAGAUCAGACCAUCGUCCCCUUUGCCAUUUUUCAUAUUUGUCUUUUUAUUAUUACUAUUUUGUGUUUUUUACCAACAGAGACAGCAAAACCAAACAUAAAAUGGAAAAGUUCAGAUUUGCAAUGGACGAGCUGGGGGGGGGGUCGGCUGCACAGAGACGCGUCCACUCUAGCCAGGCUGCUGCCCCCCCACCCCACAGAAACGCUCCUGAGGAUUUGGCUUUGUAGAUACUGUGGUGCCUUUUUUGGGAAAUGAAAUACCUUUAUAAAUGAUGCUUCCGAACUGCAUUGGUUGCAAACCACAUUGAACCUGGGCUUUUCGUCUGCAUUUCUUGUCUUUUGCUUUGGUCAUUUUUACAUGUUCUGUUGUAAGCUCUUGCAUGUUGUAACUCUCUCUCUCUCAUCUCUCUCUUUCUUUUUGAAUUUAUUUAUUUAUUAAUUUAUUUUUUUUUAAGUACAAGUUGCUAAUUUAUGACCUUCUAAAAAAGAAUCCAACCAUACAUUGCUGUUAGCACCUGACCGCUUCAGAAAGAGGCUGUCUGGUCCUACAUUAUAAUAUAAUAAUAAUGAUGAUGAUAAUAAUAAUAAACCGAAUAACUCUUCCUCUUUGCAUGGCAAGGCUGCCCCUUUCUACUCUAAAGAUUGUUCAGGUCCCUCUUACUUGAGCAACUGUUCAAUAAAAAAACACCAACUACUGAAUUUUCAGUCAAUCUGAAAACUCCUCCUGCAACAAAAAGCGAAUGAAUGAAUGAAUGACGUCAAUUAAAACACUCAACACCGUCACUUCAGAAGUGGCUCCGGAAGGGUGACCCUGCUGUGCAUCCCUUCCGCCGGGGCAGCGGGCAUCCCACCAGCGCCUGCAUCCUCGCAGGACGUUCCCACGCCUCCGAGGGCACGGUGCCCUCCUGGGCAGCUCCGUCAGGAUUCCAGCCUCUCCCGCGAUGGCUCCCGGCUCCCACACCCGCCAAGGGGGACGAACUGCCGCUGACUCACGGAGCGCAGGGACCAUGCGGAAAACCAGGAGCUGCGCAGCGCGGGGAGCCCCGGCUGCACCCCGGCCCCUGGGACGGAGCCUCGGGGUGCUGACCCGCUGGGACGCCCGUCCCCGCCUGGCACGCCUGCGCAGGGCAGCAGCCCGGAGAGCUUCCCGCCUUGAGGAGAGAGGGAAAACCAAACAAAGUGCACUGGCUUAUACCUUUAUUACAAGUGGUGGCUUUCAGGAGUAACUUUUUUUUUUAAAAAAUGAAAUGGUAAAAAAAAAAAAUAGCGAGAGUAAAUGAAGCAUUUUUUAAAAAAAAGAAAAUGUUCUUUUUUUUGUUCCUGUGAAGAAAGCCUGCACUCUGGUAUCAGAAGUAAAGUUGUCCCAAACGU